GAGGCACGAGAGGCCGAGAGGGUGAGGUGAAGAGUUGAAGACAGAAUAGAAACUGCCCCCUGCACAGCACUGUGUGCGGCAUUAACUGCCUGCAUUGGUGGUUUCUUGGGGUAGGUUGGAUUAGGUUGGUGACCAGAAGGGGUUUGCUGCGCUGAGCUCUUUUGGUAGAGAGAGAGAGAGAGAGCUUGGAGGCUUCGAGCGCAGUGAUGGCUUGAGCUCUGGAGCUGGUGGUGCUUGUGGCCUUGUGCAGCUUGUGCUUGAGGUUCUUGCGUCCUCCGCUUCCUACUCAGGUGCUUCCCGCUGAGGCUGCGAGUGCGAGAGGAGAUAGCUGCCGGGAUGGCGUCCAUGAAGCUUGGCUCAAAGCCUGACGCCUUCAAAAGGCAAGGGAAGGCAUGGUUCUGCACAACAGGACUUCCCAGCGAUGUUACUGUUGAGGUUGGGGAUAUCUCUUUCCAUCUUCAUAAGUUCCCUUUACUUUCAAAAAGUGCCUUUCUCGAAUGUUUGAUCAAAGAGAGUUCAGACCGAGAAGAAUGUAUCAUCAAACUAAAUGAUAUUCCUGGGGGUUCCAAGUCAUUUGAGCUAGUUGCAAGGUUCUGCUAUGGAGUGAAAAUAGAACUUUCUCCCACAAAUGUUGUCUACCUACGUUGUGCCUCUGAGCAUCUACAAAUGACUGAAGAAGUAGCCGAGGACAACUUGAUUGCACAGUCAGAAAUGUUCCUUAACCAAGUGGUCCUCCUUAACUGGAAAGAUUCUUUGACAGCAUUGGAAACAUGUGAUGACCUCCUUCCUCAUGCUGAAAACCUUCAGAUUGUGAAGAGAUGCAUUGAGUCGUUAGCAUCAAAAGCUAAUACUGAUCCAAACCUCUUUGGAUGGCCGAUAAGGGAACAUGGCAUCAUGCAAAGCCCUGGUGGCAGUGUACUGUGGAAUGGGAUCAGCACGGGUGCAAGGCCCAGGAACUUCAGUGCAGACUGGUGGUAUGAGGAUGCUUCGUCAUUGAGUUUCCCCAUGUACAAGAGGUUAAUUUCCACUAUGGAGUCUCGAGGCAUUAGACCUGAGAUAAUUGCUGGUUCUUUGGCAUACUAUGCCAAGAAGUAUCUCCCAGGACUCAAUAGGCGUCAUAGCAUGGGAACAGUGCCUCUUACUGCUACUCUAUCUGAGGUUGAACAAAAAAACUUGCUUGAGGAGAUCGAUCAACUAUUGCCGGUUCAGAAGGGUUUAGCAUCUACAAAAGUUUUACUUGGUCUCCUUCGCACAGCCAUGAUUCUAAAGGCCAGCCCCACAUGCAUUUCCAACUUAGAGAAACGGAUCGGCAUGCAACUAGACCAGGUCACUCUGGAGGAUCUAUUGCUGCCAAAUUUUUCCUACACCAUGGAAACUCUGUAUAAUGUUGAGUGUGUUCACAGGAUUCUUGAUCACUUUUUGGCAAUGGACCAGGCUAAUGGCGCUGCCUCACCAUGCCUGGAUGAUGUGAUGGCGUCCCCUUCCUUGACACCAAUCACUACUGUUGCUAAGUUAAUUGAUGGCUACCUUGCCGAGAUUGCACCAGAUAUCAAUUUGAAGCUUCCUAAAUUCCAAGCUCUUGCAUCUGCUGUGCCUGAGUAUGCCCGGCCAUUGGAUGAUGGACUUUAUCGUGCAAUCGAUAUAUACUUGAAGGCACAUUCCUGGCUAUCAGAAGCUGAAAGGGAGCAGCUCUGUCGUCUGAUGGAGUGCCAGAAGCUCUCCCUAGAAGCAUGCACUCAUGCUGCCCAGAACGAGAGGCUGCCACUGCGCGUCGUGGUACAAGUCCUCUUCUUUGAGCAGCUCCAGCUAAGAACCUCAAUUGCUGGCUGCCUGCUCGUCUCUGACAACCUUGAAGGAUCUAGGCCCCUGCGAAGUGGCAUCGCGAUGUCCAGCGAGGCCGGGGGAUGGACCACAGCCGUCCGGGAGAACCAGGUCCUGAAAGUCGGCAUGGACAACAUGAGGACACGCCUGUCAGAGCUCGAGAAAGAGUGCUCGAACAUGAGGCAGGAGAUUGAGAAGCUGGGGCGCGGCAAGAGCAGCUGGACCUCCCGUGUCCCCCGGAGGUUCAGCCUGAAGAUGAAGUCGCAUAUGUGCAGCGCCCAGGAGGGCUCCGUCAGCGAGCAGCAGAAGAGCAUGAGCACGAAGCUCAACAAGCUGCAAGCAAAGGUGUCAAAACAGAAGAAGCAACUCUCGGUGGCCACCUGAAAAUCUGAGACUCCAUUUACGGCCUCACUUGUAAUUUUUAGCCUGGUGUUAAUCGCUUUCGCCUCUUUUUCGUGCCUGUAGCUGUUAGGUUGAACAUCUGAUUUCCAGUGGUUGAGUACCUUAAGGUGAACAUUUCAGAUGCUUGGAUGGUAGUGAGAAUGGCAGUGUCGUAGCUAAGGAUGAGAACCUGACGCGCUCCCUUGUUUUGGCUGAAAUAGUAGUCGUGAUCGGUUCAUUGCAAGGACACAUUCGCUUACUUUGCAACUGUGAUCUGUGACAUGUCAGUUGUAGCUGCUAUAUGUUCAUGCACUGAGCAUUCCUCA